AGCUAAACUCAUACCAAAAAAUAUAGCAUUGCAUUAAAUCUUGCAAAACAAAAAAAAAAAAAUAAUGGUGGCUUUCUCAGCAAAUCAAUCAUACACAACAUCAGCACAAUUGGUAAGAAGAUCAUCUCUUUUACCUUCAAAAACCCUAAAUCUACAAACCCUAAAUUUACAAACCCUAAUUCCUACGAAGAAAAAUGUGACAUCCCACAAGCCACUCUACAUCUCAGCAACUACAAGCUUCAACCACAUUUCUAACCCUAGCUUGGAUUCGGAUGCAACCCCGUCCGUCCGGUGCAAUGCCUACGAAGCUCGUAGAGCGCAAUCCGUCCCCAUAAGCAUUGAGGUGGACGAGGAUGUCGCUAAGAAGGUUAAAAUUGGCGUCUAUUUCGCCACUUGGUGGGCUUUGAACGUCGUCUUCAACAUAUAUAACAAGAAGGUUUUGAAUGCGUUUCCUUUCCCUUGGCUUACUUCGACUCUUUCACUAGCUGCCGGAUCGCUUCUUAUGCUUGUCUCGUGGGCUACUAGGAUCGCCGAUGCCCCACAAACCGAUUUUGAUUUUUGGAAAGCCUUGUUUCCUGUUGCGAUAGCGCAUACCAUCGGACAUGUGGCAGCAACUGUAAGCAUGUCGAAAGUAGCAGUUUCUUUCACUCACAUUAUCAAGAGUGGCGAGCCGGCUUUUAGUGUUUUGGUGUCAAGAUUUUUUCUCGGAGAAACUUUCCCCUUGCCGGUGUAUCUGUCUCUAUUGCCUAUAAUCGGAGGUUGCGCGCUUUCGGCAGUUACUGAGCUCAACUUCAACCUUACUGGAUUCAUGGGGGCAAUGGUGUCGAACAUGGCAUUUGUAUUUAGGAACAUAUUCUCGAAGAAAGGGAUGAAAGGGAAAUCAGUUGGUGGGAUGAAUUACUAUGCUUGCCUCUCCAUGUUGUCUCUUUUGAUCCUCACACCAUUUGCCUUUGCUGUCGAGGGUCCCAAGUUGUGGGCUGUUGGCUGGCAAAAGGCACUCUCUCAAAUCGGACCAAAUUUCGUCUGGUGGAUUGUAGCCCAAAGUGUUUUCUAUCACCUAUACAAUCAAGUGUCGUACAUGUCUUUGAAUGAAAUAUCUCCAUUGACAUUUAGCAUCGGCAACACGAUGAAGAGGAUUUCAGUAAUAGUCGCGUCCAUCAUCAUCUUCAGCACGCCGCUUCAGCCCAUCAAUGCCCUCGGCGCCGCCAUUGCUAUCUCCGGCACAUUUCUCUAUUCUCAGGCUACAAGGUAAACAAGAGACAAUGCACGGGAGCGACCUUUACGUGUAAAUUAAAAAGAAGGUUUUUCCAAUGGAAUUAAUUGGAUUCAUGGUUUGAAUGAUAAAUCGACAUUGCAAAUGCAUUUUAAAAUAAAUGCUUUGAAGACAAGCGAGGAGGCGAAGUGAAACAUUACUUGGACGAUGCCGAUUGAUGUUGAUAAACUAUGGUACUGGAAUGUAGAAGAUUUUUGGUUGAUUGAGGAAAUAUGUUUCGAGAAUUAUAUAAAUAAUUUAUUUUUUAUUAUGAA